AUUGUCGAUAAUAAUACUUAAUAUUGUUAAAAUGCAUCCUAUUAUGCUAAACAAAGACAGUGAGGCCUCCUUAGCAUGAGCCUUGGUUGGUCCUGAAGACAUACCCAUUGAUCUUGAUUUGCAGUGGACCAGGUCCACUAGUCAAGAUUAUGAGCCUCUUUCUAUUUCAAAGAUGUCCAGCUGAACUGAAGAAGGAAUAAUGCUUGAUUUCAAUGACUGCCUUGGUUACCAGAGCAGCGAUAUUCUUUUCGGAAAGGAUCAUGAUAAGUUAGAUUUGACUAGGCAAGAGCAACAAGAAGACCCCCAACAGAAGCAUUCUGACAUUGUAGAAUGCAACUCUAAGGUGAAAGUAUCAGAACAAAAACAGAGUGUAGAGAAGGAGAAAGAAAUGAAGAAUAAGACUAUUAGUGUGUGAACUUCUAAUGAAUUAAUAAUAAAAUCAUGUUCUAAGCAUGCCCCUAUUGAUUCUAAGAAGUUUGAUAUAGUCCCCUUCUUGUUAGAAAGACUAGAUCCAUCUUACCACCAAAGAAUUUAUGAGGAAGAGAAAAGUAGAAACCGUCAAGGAAGACCAAGACUCUUUAAUAACAGAGGCAAAGAUGCUAUCUUGUCAAUGAUUUUUGAUCGCAUAAUAUCUAAAGGUCAGAGAAGAAGUGAUAAACCAAGGUCUGAUUCUUUCAAUGCUAGUGUUUUCAGAAGUGCCAAUAAGGUUCCCGAUUAUAUUCUCAAACAUGUGGGCUCAAAAUGAAAGUUCAAAUCUGUGAAUAUUGAAGAAGUCCUUGAAUCUUAUGCAGAAGCUUUCACAGUUGGUUAUGUCCCAACUAUGCUCGCAGGAAAGCCUGUGAAAGAUAAAAUCAAAAUGUUUUGCCAAUUCAUUGUUCUCUCAUUUCCUAAGCCAAAAGUGAAAAGAAUCAUUUCAAUGUUAAAAGAAGCCGAAUACCUAUCUCUUGAUGAAUGUCAAAACUUACUUCAUCAACUAAAGAGCAGGAAAUUGUCUUCAAAGAAAUCCUUCCAGAAUCUUGCAAGGCAAAAUAUUUGCUUCAAAAAUAUCAUUUUGAGGCUUUUGUCUUCUCUUGAUUCGUUUGACAUCAAGAACAAAAGGGGACUUAGGAGUGUGCUGGAAAAGAUUAUCACUAAAUAAAUUAGCAGAAGUCUAGUUCCUAUU